ACGCGACGCCGCCCAGGGAGGGAGGGAGGGAGGAAUGACAGUCACUGCAGUACACCACACCACAGCCCGCCUGCCUCAGUUUAAUUAGCGCUGCAUCACAUCAACGAUGGAUGCAUCGAGGUGGCGUCUCUCUGUCCCACCAUGCAGCCAGCUAUUACGAGUUAUCAACGGCACACAACACACACACAUCCACCCACAUGUGGCCGGCCGCCUGUUUGCCCUGGUGCCAGCGCCUUCCCCAGCAGCCCUCCAUCACUGGCGGUGAGGACCAGUGAGAGAGAGCAGCUGAAGCAGGUUCCCCCAGAGCAAAUAGGCGGCCGAUCAGCCCACCACCCGCACUCAGCGAUAGACAGUGAAAACUGCAAAGACAAAGGCUCAUUGCAGCAUGAACGAACAGGUACAUAGUCCUUCCACCCCUCCCGCGAACCCUCCCCUCUCUCCCACCACACCACACCGCCCCGCCCACAGAGACCCCCGGUCAGUCAGCCGCCGACUUUGGGUAUGUCGAAGUGCUCGCUCAGCUGUCCCAGCUGCUCGUUGAACUUCUCGAUUCGCUGCCUGUGGCUGAGCUCGAUGCGCUUGUCCGCCCGGUCCUUGGCCCGCUUCUCCUGCGCCAGUGCAAAGGCCUUCUCAGCCUCGGUGCGGGUGUCCUCCUCCUCCUCGUCAUCGAUGGCCGGCGGCCGCUCCACGUCCUUGGCGGCGUUGGUGGUCCCCUCCCCCUCGUGCUUCUUGUCCUGGUGCUGCUCGUCCUGAUCCUCGUCUCGGUCCUGGUCUCGGUGUUGCCUGUCGGUGUCCUGCUGUUGUGAGAUCUCCUCCGCCUUGCGCUUCUUCUUCUUCUUGCCCUUCACGGCCAGCUCGCCGCCCUUGAGCUUCAGCCCUUUCCGCACCACGCCGUCCGUGUACACGCUAUCAGACAU